AUGGCUCAAUACGGAAUUACAAUAUUCAUAAUUAGACAUAGACUCGCAAUCACGCUAUUCCUCAAUACGGAAUCAAAUAUCAACAACCUCACAUAUAUCCAUACAACGACUCGAUCUCCGACUGAAGACGGGCGAUUGCUCAAUGAACGCCCACCAACGAAGCAAUUCUUCAAUGCAGGACCGCUUCGUGACAGGCUCCAACUCAAUAAGUCGCAGUCGCAGCCCAAUUGGCUUAAUAACUUAGUACAUGGAGGUACAAUGUUGGGUGCAAUGGCUGGCCUGGGAGCCAUCUUACUGGUAUUUGUCUUGUACGUAAGAAACAAAGGAUUGAUAUGGUGGACACCUAUCAGGGGCAUGGCUUGCUGCGAGGAAGCAUGCCCCCCAAUUUCUACCCGACCUAUUCCAACACCUUCAGUGCCUAAUUUUAUUUCAAAUGCUUCUCCUAAAACCAAACUAGCAAAAGCAUACUCAUUCGAUGGCGGAGAAUCUAGCUCUGAGUCCGAAAUGGGACACGCCAACAAGACUCAGCUAGGCCACUCGCCUAUAUCAGUACCAGUCGAACCAUCUAGCUUACCAUUUUAUCCGACAAAACCAAACCAUGAUCUAAUCUCACUCGUGGAAAAAGGCAGAGUCGGCAUGAGUAGCAAUAGUUCUUGUUGCAGUUCCACUACGAGUUCGGUAGGAGAAAAACACAAAGUUCUUUCCACCAAAGUCACAGCAGAGAUUAACAACUCUAUACAAAAGACACCCAUCAACUUAAGAGAAACAAAAAUAGACAAUCAUAGUUUGGAGAUUCAGAUGGUAAAUACGUCUGCACAAAUUGAUACUGUGGACAAUAACACCACAAGAGACUGUAUCGUGGUGAUGGCUCCCGACGUAGAAGACCGAGGUGAAGUUAUGUCUUAUGGCGAAGGAUCGGGAUCUGAGCCUGACUGUCAAGUAGUGCCAAGUAAGUGUGGCCAUUUAGAAAUAGCUCUUCUCUAUGACGCACCCAUGCGAAAAAUGACGGUUCAUGUUCUUCAAGCGAGAGAUUUUCCAAGCAGGGAUCGUGGUCAACUCACAAACACGCAGGUGAGAUUGAUUCUACUCCCUAGCAAAAAACAAAAACACAAAACUAAAAUCCGGCAAGGAGAUAAUCCUCAGUAUAUGGAAAAUUUUGUUUUGCAUCGAGUUAAUCCAGAGGACGUCAAUUCUAUGGGCUUGCGACUUCGAUUAUACGGCUGUGAACGAAUGAGAAGAGAAAGGCUAAUUGGAGAGGCUAUUGUUAGUUUUGCCAAUAUCAAUUUAGAACUAGAAAACAACUUUUGGUUAAAUCUGGAACCAAAAGCGAAUACUACAAUGUUGGGUGGAUGCGCAGCAGAUUUGCUAAGUUUAGCAAGAUCUGACAGUACUGGAUCUGCACAUUCUAUGCAGCAUGGUGGUGUUCCGGAACUCUUACUAGGUUUAUGCUACAAUGCGACCACUGGAAGAUUAAAUGUAGAAGUUAUUAAGGGUUCGCAUUUCAGAAACCUAGCUAUUAACCGACCUCCAGAUACUUAUGUUAAACUGUAUUUGGUCAGUAGUACCGGCCAAGAAUUAGCACAAAGCAAAACGUCGGUUAGAAGAGGACAGCCAAAUCCAUUAUUUAAAGAGACCUUUAUAUUCCAGGUGGCACUUUUCCAGCUUGCAGACGUAACAUUAAUGGUGUCUGUUUACAACAGAAAAGGUGUAACAAAGAAAAAAGAAAUGUUGGGUUGGUUCAGCUUGGGCUUGAAUUCUAGCGGGGCCGAGGAGCUUGCCCAUUGGAUGGAUAUGAAAGAAUUUCAACAAGAACAAAUAUCGCGCUGGCAUAUUUUGGUCCAGUCAUAGCUGUUGCACAUAUCAUUUAGAAUUUUUUUGGUACUUCUAAGGUACUUCUAAGGUACCGGUAUGAAGAAACACACCAGUUUAAUAAAUAACCCGGGAAACGAAGAAUUUUAAAAACGAAAAAUUACUGGCUGCUAUUUUUCAACUGGAAUAUUUAGGGGAGUUAAUAGAAGAGGCGCAUCUCGUAGGUAUCUAAAUUUUUACUGCAUCAUGGUUUUUUAUUAAUAUUCUAGCAAAAAAAUCGACUUUUUUCAUUCAUUUCAAUAUUGUGAAAAAUCUACGCAUAGUAGAUAAAAACGUUCAAUUUGACGUCUUUCUUGAAAAUACUUGCUCUCUAAAAUGAGAUUAUCUAAGUUAAAAAGUCUUCUUUUUCUUCCUCUUUAUCUUUAUAUUCUGCUUGUUUAUUAACGGACUGAUACCUCUAUGGAAAGGUUGUCACUCCAUCUUUUGCGCGGUCGGCCGAUACUUCUUCUACCUAUUGGUGAUUUGUCUCUUGCUAUUUUGACCUCACAUGUCUCCCCCAUUCUGGUUAUGUGGUUGUUCCAUUCUUUUUUUCUGUUUAGUUUCCAUUCAUUUAUACACUGCGUUACAUUUCCUUCUGAUGUCUUUACUGCUCUUUCGAUUUCUCAGCGUAUUUCAUGUAAUUCUUCUCAGUACUCUCAUUUCUGCCGUUUCUAGUAGUCUUUGUGUUAUUGUUGUUGCUGUAUUGGAUCUUGUUUCUGAUGCAUAUGUCAUUAUUGAUCUUACGCUUUAUAAAUCCUUGACUUCAUCUCAGUGUUAAUAUGUCGAAUUCGCCACAUACAUAGUGUUAUUAAAACAUCCUGUCAGUCUAUUUGCUUUUUGUACUUAAUUUUUCACUUCUUCGUACAGGUCUCCGUAGCUUGACGAUGUAAUUCCAUUUUAUUUCUAUUACUUGUUUAAUACUGAUGCCACCAAUUUCUAUUUUACACCUGAUUGGUUCUUUACUGAUUACUAUUGUUUUAGUUUUCUGAGAUGAAAUUAUCAUAUUGAAUUCUUUUACUCUU